CAGACCAACGUGGGUGAACUGAGCUCAGAAGUAUUUGCAAGAAAACAUACUGUCAUAAUCAUCCUACAUGUGACGAAGUUGCUGUCUUUAUCUUUUGUUGUUAGGUGUAAGUGUAUUUUGGAAGGUGGGACACCUGGUACAGUGUUAAGGGCUCAACAUAACCAGUGUGGUGGACAGUAGACUACCGGCACAGUAGACUGCCAUUCACCUUCCACAAUGAAGAGGUCCCAUGAUGGCAAGAACAAAACAUCUAAGCACCCAACGGCUGUGCUAGCUGACAAAUAUUAUGAGGAUAUUCACUUGGAGAAAGUGCUAGUUUGUGAUAUAAAAAACAAAAAAGACACCACAACACUUAUUAGGGAGUUGACAUCAGAAUUCCCCUUGCCCUCUUUACAACAUUUGAAAAGGGUCAGAAAGGCAAAGACACAAGAGGGGUCAAAACUGCAGAUUAUUCUUUGUUGCUAUGACGAUAGCUGCUGUGAUUCUGGAGGAAAAAUUUUAUCUCUUUCUGAAAUUUGUCAGUCAAGAGACAUAAGUGUGGAUAGCUUAGGUGAACCUAGCAUUACUCAAGUCCCCAAAUAUCAGCCACUGAUAAGGAAACAGUAUGAAACGGCAGUGUUACACUGGCCUACAGCUUUUCAUGAAGACAAGAAAAUAGCCAAAAUUCUAAGUGACCAAUUGUUUUCACAUUCAGAAGUUGACUUAAUCCAAAAGUUCAUGAAAGAAGCCUUGAAAAUGUCACAAAUGGGAGAGCAGAUGGGGAAUGAAAAAGUUGGUGCCAUUGUUGUUGAUCCAUCAACCAAUGAGAUUAUUGCAAAGUCACAUGACAUUAGAUCCCAGCAUCCUUUGCAGCAUGCAGUGAUGGUAUGCAUUGACUUGGUUGGUAAGGCUCAAGGUGGGGGUGCUUGGAAAUAUGACAGCAGCCCUGCCUUGUUUGCAAUAUCUUCAAGUAAACUUGGAAAUGGGACCAAAACAAUCGAGGAGAUGAAAGAUAAGGUAACUGAAGACAAGGCAAAGACUAGACCAGAUGAAGGAGACACAAAAAUUAGUACGAGUUCAAAAGAGAAGAAAAGUCAAAAUGAAGAAAAGAAACCUGUUUUACAUCUUGAUAAUGACGUAAAAAAUGAAGCAGACAUACAAAAUACAUCUGAAGAUGAAAUAACCAGAAGGCAAGAAAAGGUUGUUACAUUCAUUAAAAAUGACACAGAAACUAAAGACAAGGCCACAGAAAAUAAAGAAAAGACUGCACCAUAUUUAUGCACAGGUUAUGAUUUGUAUGUUACAAGAGAGCCAUGUGUUAUGUGUUCUAUGGCACUGGUCCAUUCAAGAAUUAGUAGAGUGUUUUAUAAUACUGCAUCAGAAUCUGGAGCUCUGGGAACCAAGUACAAGAUUCAUGUUCAGAAAGGUUUAAAUCAUCAUUUUGAAGUUUAUAAAGAUAUAUUACCCAUUGAUCUUUAAAGUACGAUAUUAAUUUUAUUAUUAUUUAUGUG